AUGACUGGAAUAUGCAGUGUGCCUGGUUUUCUGUUUCUGUUGAUAACUUUACCGUUUGUUGUGAACAGAAAGAACGAUUGGUGUGUUUCUAAAGAAGCUCCAGAUCCUUUUAGCUUCUGGAAGUUAGAAGCAUCAAAACAUGACGAAGAAUAUAAUUCCUCCCGCACUUAUGCCGAGCUCCAUAAUGUUGCAUUGGUGGAAAGUGACAGCCGGUUUGGUGUCCUGUCAUUUAAUGGCUCUAAUGAUAGUUACGUUUAUAUGGACAAUGUCAACAAGUCAUUUAGUGUUGGAGAAUAUGCAAUGUCUUGGAUGAUGUACUUAGAACCUGGUGAUACGGGUAGCCGAUCAACAAUACUCAAAUACCAAGAUCAAAAUGGCACUGUACCAUUUCAUUUAGAAUUACUCUCAGAUGGAAAUUUAAGUUGUACAAUGCGAGACACCAACGGCCAUCAGUACAACGUAACAAGCAGAAUUAAAGUUACAGAAAGAAAAUUCAUAGGAGUAAAUUUCAACUUUCUUUGGGACAAACAAUUCGAUUUCUUUCAUGUCUAUACGGCCGAUGAUGGGAAACAGAAAAUUGAUCCUGAAAGCCUGACAUUAAAAAAUGCUUCAUUUAAUUUGUUUUUGGAGGAUACUACGUAUGUCCUUAUAGGUUCUGGUUUCCAUGGCAACAUUUCUUGUAUUCAGUUUUAUAAUUCGUCAGUGAUUAAAUCACCGCUAAAAGACGCACCUCUUCUUUGUGAUCCUGUGCUAGCCAUUAACGAUUCUUUUGGUGACUAUACAAUUGAUGUUACUGAACCCAAAACUCAAACUGUUUUACAGUUUUCAACUACUAUUACCCAACAGAAUCAGAUAACAGAGUAUCAAACAGCAGAAACAGGAGAAACAGAACAAUCAGGUGAAACAGGAAAUCAAACGGCAGAAUCAGGAGAAAUAGAAGAAACAUCUGACAAUGCUUUGUAUACAUAUUUAUCAUCGCUGAAGACUCCAUUCGAUGUUCACACAACCUCAGUGGUCUCCCAACACGCGAGCUCCGAAUCUCAUACAACCUCUAUAACAUCAAAAGAUAUUUACUAUGAAUCUCAAACAUCACCUUUGGUAACAGAAGCCUUAAAAACUCAAGUUCACUCAUCGACUUUUACACCAGAGGCUAACUAUCCUGAAUCUCAAACAACAACUUCGAAAACAGAAGCCUUAUCAACGCAAGUUCACUCAUCGACUUUGACACCAAACGCUAACGAUCCUGAAGCUCAAACAACACAUUCGCAAACAGAAGCCUUAUCAAUACAAGUUCACGCAUCGACUGUUACAUCAGAAGACAAAUUCCCUGAAGUUCAAACAACACCUUUAUCAAAAGUCUUAUCAACUCAAAUUUACACAUCGUCUGUUAAACUAGAAGACAAAUUUCCAGACGCUCAAACAACGCCUUCGAUAACCACACUUUCCUCUACAGAAGAUAAUAACGUGAUCAACGAGAGAUGUGUUUACUUUCGGAGAACUGCUAAUGACACAACCAUCAUUAAUCCUGUGCAGAUACAGACAGCAACCAACUUGAACGAUUGUGCACAGCGUUGUUGGGAAACAACUUCUUGUUUUCAAUUUAGUGUUGGGCAGGAAAUGACAUUUACCAACUGCUAUAUCGGUGACAAUACGUAUAUUACUGCGACUUUGUCCGGAAAUUAUCUCUAUACCAUGGUAUAGUCAUAAAUCUGGAACUUUUCAAAUGUAACAAAUACGAGGUUUGACGGGAAACCUUCAUUUUUGCAUUCUUCAUAUAUUAAGGCAAUUUUCCCUGCAUUCUUUGAAUA